AUGGAUGGAAUUGAAGAAGGCCAUGCGAAACGAAGACUAAACUACUCUCACGCGCCUCGCCCCCAUCACGCCCGGCUGAUUGACACUCUUAAUUCUCCCCCUGAAAAUGGAGCCCCUGUGAUUGUGAACCUCGUUAGUGAACCCCAAUCAUUCGACAAGCUAAGUCUACUGGAGAAAAAACACUUCAUCAACGGACUAAUCGACACUAUUGGCACCGUAAAAGAUGGCACUAAGUGGACAAAGCAUGGACAACUCUACAUCUACCCCACGUCAAACCGGCAAAAGAAAAAUUUAUUGGAGCUACAUGCGGUAAAAGAAUUCCAAAUCACCUGUUCACUAAGUAAAUCAGAGACUGAACUAAAAGGUAUAAUCUAUAAUGUGCCCAUUAACAAUUCCGACAACGACCUACUAGAACUAUUGUCUAACCAAGGAGUCAUAAAAGUUAAACGAUUCCACUCAGGCCCAGAAGGAGGAAAAUCACCACUGACGACAGUAGCUUUAUUCUUUAACUCUAAAAUCCUCCCUAGUGAAGUUAUCGUAGCCCACGAAAUCUUCAGAGUUAAAAAAUUCAUCCCACGCCCUUCUCAAUGCCGCAAAUGUUGGUCACUCCAACACCAAGAAGACACUUGCCAAAUCGCUGCAACAUGUAGAUACUGCGCCCAACAACACCCCCCAUCCCCCUCUUGCCCGAAUCCACUACUAUGCCCAACAUGCCAUAAGACAGGUCACGCCGCGGGCUCAAAUGCUUGCCCCCUCUUUGCCAAUAAACAGAAAGUAAUAAGAUUCGCUUAUGAGAACAAUAUCCCGAUUAGUGAAGCAGGAAAACUCCUAGAUAGAAGAGACCACCAAGCGAAACCAAUCCACCUACCCUCCAUUGAACAAGAGAAUCCUGAAAUCCUGGCGCUGCGCCGCGAAGUCAAACAACUGAAACAGCAGAUGGACAACCUCUUAUUAUCUCCACCCAUCACUGAACUGACAACCAGAGUAGCUAACCUGGAAACAGAAUUGGCAACAGUGAAGGAACAAAUUGAACCCCUCGUCGCUCUACCUACAGUAGUAGACCAAAAUAAUAAGGAAAUGCGUAAGGGAUUCACCGACACCCAAGAACAACUAGCGAAACUCCAUUCCCUCCUCGAGAGAGUAAUAAGCCCAAACCUCCGACCCCCAGCAAAACCAAACCCCGUUACUAGCACCAACCAAAACACACCAAAAAAAUGA